UUUGUUUAAUUUUAAUUUUUAGUGAAUAUGUUAGGAUUCUUCGGGUCUUUAGUAAUUUUCCUCUGUUUUGGCCCCAAUUCUGUAUGGGGAAUUGAGGAAAAAAGCCAAAAUGCAAGUCAGUACUAUUCAUCUACUGUUGAACUUCUAAAGUUAUUAAAAUUGGAGCACCAGUUUGUGGAAGUCUUCAAAAACUACUCUGAAGAGCUGGGCGGCAAUCUGAAAGCUUACUUGAUCUCAAUAAAAUAUAAAGAAAACCAAACCAUAAGCGAAAAGGUGGAGUAUAUUUCAAAUCCUUUGAAUGCGUAUAUGCUUCUGAGGCGCACUCGCGAGGAAUUGCCAAAGUGGUUGGAUUAUUUUAAAAAGAUACUUGGGAAUGAUACAUUUAAAAAACUGGACAAACUUGUGCCUUUAUUACCAGAUGUUUUGGAUUUAAGAGAGGCCAUGUUGGGAUUACAACGGAUAGAAACUACUUAUGAUCUGAGGGUAGACGACUUAGCAUAUGGUAUUCUUCAGGGCAAGCAAUAUGAUAUACAACUUUCUUAUCGAGAUCGUGUGGCUAUGGGACAUUUGAGCUUUCAACGACGGAACUACCAGGCGGCUGCCCAAUGGUAUCGUACGGCAUGUAAGCACGAUUCCGAGGAUAAUGAAGAGAUACUGAACAAGGUCCUGGGCAAUCCAACCGAAUUCCUGCAUCGCCAACAUAUCAAGGCCCUUUAUGUAUAUGGCAUCAGCAUCUCAGGAGACGACGAGACGGAAGAGGUAGCCCUUUCCAGGAUAGAGAACUCCUUGGGUCAUGUUGGCAACCAAUGGCUACAGAAACUAAUAGAAAGUCUUCAUAGACCCAAUAAUGAUGUGGAAAUAAUGAAAGAGCUGUAUCAAACGAAGCCACUUGUUUCCACCUUUGAGGAGGGAUGUCGAGGCUUAUAUCAGCAGAAAAUGAACCUAUUUUGUCGGUAUAACUUUACCACAACACCGUUUCUCCGCCUGGCACCUCUUAAACUAGAGGAAAUCAAUUUAGAUCCUUACGUAGUUAUGUAUCAUGAAGUGCUCUACGAAACUGAAAUCGAGGAACUCAAAAAGCAAUCGGGUCAUAUGAAAAAUGGAUAUGCGGAUCAAAAGAAUGGAACCAUGUAUAGGGCAGUGGUGGCUCGACAUUCCUGGUGGUCCGAUGAGUCACCUACUAGGGAAAGGAUUAACCGGCGAAUCAGGGAUAUGACAGGAUUAGAUUUUCCCAUAACAGACACGCUGCAAGUGGCGAACUACGGGUGUGGCACAUAUUUUAAACCUCACUUCGAUUACACCUCAGAUGGCUAUGAAACUCCGAAUGCGGAUGCCUUGGGAGAUCGCUUGGGAACUAUUAUUUUUUAUGCCAGUGAUGUUUUGCAAGGCGGUGCCACUGUUUUUCCAGAUAUUAAAGUCUCCAUAACUCCUCGAAAAGGUAGCAGUGUAUUUUGGUAUAAUUUGUACGACGAUGGAAGACCUGACAUCAGAAGCAGGCACUCUGUUUGUCCGGUUAUAAACGGCGAUAGAUGGACUCUCACCAAGUGGAUUCACAUAUUUCCUCAAAUGUUUAUUAUUCCAUGUGGACCCAGGAAGUAGUCUUUCAUGCAUUUUAAACUUUGAAAUAUCUAAAAUGGAAAAAGAUUUAUUAAAUUAUAUGGAUCUUAUUGUAAAAUAACCAUAA